CUGUUACGUUGCCGCUGCGCCAAACGGCACCGUAACGGAUCGUCACGAUCCCUUCUUUCCAAAAUUUUCAAAAAACACCUCCAGAGAUUCGAAUAUCCCCCCUCGAGAGAAGCUCCCGCGUUCGAGGAAUAUCCCCUCGACCUUCCCCAUUAAAGCCCUCGCACUCUCAAAAUCGAGACCGUUCACUAUUCAGAUUGGAUAACUGAAGUUCAUAUGAUGGCGUUGAAGGCUGUACACGUGUCCGAUGUCCCGAGCCUCGAUCACGUGCCGGAUGUCUCGAUAGCGACAUCGCGCGUGCCGACGAAGGCGGUGGAGAUUGGACGGUGGGGAUCGAAGCCGCCGGCAAAGUUUCUGGUGAUCGGACACCGCGGUAACGGGAUGAAUCUGCUGUCGUCGCCGGAUCCUAGGGUGACGGCGGUGAAGGAGAACUCGGUGGUUUCGUUUAACGAUGCCGGGCGGUUUGCCGUUGAUUUUGUCGAGUUUGAUGUUCAGGUGACGAAGGACAACUGUCCGAUCAUCUUUCACGACAACUUCAUCAUUACUGAAGAAAAUGGAAAUAUAUUAGAGAGACGAGUCACUGAUCUCUAUUUGGAAGAAUUUCUUUGUUAUGGUCCUCAGAAAGAAACUGGCAAGGUGGGAAAAUCAUUACUUCGGAAGCUUAAAGAUGGAAAAAUAUUAAGCUGGGAUGUACAAAACGAUUCCCCUGUUUGCACAUUGGAGGAAGCAUUUCAAGAGGUUGACUCUCACUUAGGUUUCAAUAUCGAACUGAAGUUUGAUGACAACAUUAUCUAUCAAGAAGAAGAGCUCACUCAUGUUCUCCAAGUAAUCUUGCAAGUUGUGUUUAAAAAUGCGGGUGAUAGACCAAUCAUCUUCUCAAGCUUUCAACCAGAUGCUAUACAGCUGAUAAGGAAGUUGCAGAAUGGGUACCCUGUCUACUUCCUUACUAAUGGAGGCACAGAAAUCUACACUGAUGUGAGAAGAAACUCCUUGGACGAGGCGAUCAAAUUGUGCCUAUCCAGCGGUUUACAAGGGAUUGUAUCACAAAGCAGGGCAAUCUUCAAGAAUCCAACGGCAAUACCAAAAAUCAAAGAGUCCAAUCUUAUUCUUUUAACUUACGGCCAGCUAAACAAUGUAUCAGAAGCAGUGUACUUGCAGCAUUUGAUGGGGGUCAACGGUGUGAUUGUCGAUUUGGUUGAGGAGAUCACUGAAGCUGUUUCAGAUUUUAUGAAUGAAAAUGGAGAGGGGAUUGAGGAGAGCAGACCUAAGUUCUCUCAGAGAGAGCUUGCUUUUUUGCUUAAGCUUAUUCCUGAGCUGGCUUGAUUGUUUGAUUAGUGAAGAGAAGUCUGAUAGCAGAGAUUGGUAUAUACUGAAUCCCCUGAAAAUUUCCACGGAACAUUGUUGUAUUGUGCUAAUGCUUCAUACACGCUUAUUGAAAACUUCCAGGAUGCAUUCUGGUAUUUAGCU